GUACCUACACUUUAAUAGUGCAUUAAGUAGUAACUAGGACGUGUACAUUCAAGUUUUUUGCACAUUAAGUGUAUUACUACAAACAUAUAAAAAAAACAUAAGUAACAUGGAAUAAUGUAUCUAAUAUAAUGCAUAAUCAGAUUCGUAUUUUAACUAUAGCACUAUACAUUUGUGUUUCAAAAUGUUCGCGAGUUGAGGACAUCCAUACUCAGAGAGCGCUCAAUGUUUCCGACUACUGUCCCAGAAUUGGAGAAUGUGGAGAAGGGUCGCACGUUAUGUGCCUUUAUAAUUCGGCCAGAGUCAUGGGAACUGCUUGUUACGAUUUUUUAACGAAUGUAACAAUAACACCAGAGUACGCGCAACUCAUACUAAGAAUUACUAACAGAAUUCGAAGUAAAAUUGCAAAUGGCCAAGUAAAAGCUAAGAAUGGUCUAACCCUGCCAAGGGGCUAUGGUAUGUUCAAAGUGGUUUGGGACGAAGAGCUGGCAACAUUUGCACAAGUCUGGGCGAACCAAUGUCUUCUUCGUUUGGAUAUGUGUAGAUCCAGCAAGAGGUUUCCCAAUGUCGGCCAAGCGCUCGGCAUGACCCGGUUAUCUCUGAACAAUUGGAUGCCAAUUCACAAAUCUGAUUUUAACGAUACCACGCUAACUAAAGAGAAGGUGAAGUAUGCCCUCAAGUCGGUGAUGAAGGCGUGGUGGGAUAUGAAGGAGACGGUCUCCGCGGAGGACGUGAAUCAGUUCAACAGAUCGGGCCCCUCAAUCCUACGAAAUAAAUUUUUGAAUUUGGUUCACGGACCACUCACACAUAUGGGCUGCGGUAUAUCUGUUUAUAAAGAAUACGCGUACAAGGACAAUUUGGCUGAACUAUUUUUUAAUUGCAUUCAAAUUGUCUGCAAUUUCUCAUCGCGUCCCAAGUACGGAGAGCCAAUUUAUACCGUAGAACCACCCACUAAACCCGGUUACACGAUCCGCUGCGGAUGUCCCGUGGGAUUCGACGAAGAUGAGACUUGUCUGUGCUAUGAAACUGGCAGGAAGAUACCAUAUUCAUGCAAGGACAAAGAUCAAUGCAAGCCUUCUGUGGUCGUCUUGCCAAUUUUUACCAUCGAGGAUACUACCACUUCGAAAGUUGGAAGCAACAGCAGUAUUUUGAGGGAAACGAGGAACGACUUAUUCGAUAACUUCGAUACAGUGAAUAAGCGGAUACCGUUAAAUAAUUACAAUGAUAUUUUCAACAACAUACAAGCCAUGGACUAUGAAAGCGAUUUAUCCAGAAGAUUCCCAACUGAUGGAGACACUCGAUAUAUUAUUAAGGAACCCAAAAUUACACAUACUGACAAUACUACGAAAUCACCAUAUCGCUUGGCCGGUGUUACAUAUGCCAGAAGACACUUUUCAAGACAAAAGCAAAGCAUAUUUUCGAAGGCUGAAAUAUUUGAGUUACCAAUUAAAAAAAGGAAACAAGUGACUAUGAAUAUUGUCCAUAAAAUCAAAGACAAAGGAUUUAAAAAGGAUGUAGCGCCUAGAAAAGACUUUACUAAAGUGCAAAAACUUGUUUCUAAUUAUUUAGACAAAAAGAGAAGCGGAAAACAGUUGAACCCAGCCUCUGAUAGCGAUGGCUAUAUAUCUCGUGGACCAGUCACAGUCACUAAUUAUAAUAGCAAAACGCUUCAAAGAAGUAAAGAAAAUAAAAACGAUGUUUUAAAAUAUGAAAAUCAAAAGGAUACUUUCAUAAAUAAUUUGAGUAUAACAAAUCAUCCAUUAAAACACUCUCGCAUAAACCCACCAGGAGAAGAUGAUAUAAAACUCAUGACCAUCUUAGAUAACCUAGAAGAAGAAGUAAAAAACAUGGAAUUGAAUUCAAAUGAAAAAGUACUGUUUGAUGAAAAAAUCCGUAAAAUAUAUGGAGCUCUAAUAGGUAAACCCAAUUUAGUGCACCAAGAGUUUAAGUUAUUGAGUAAAGAUUCAAUGAAUGAAUCGAUUACUAGUGACAUUAAUUUUAAGAAUUUACCAGAAGUUGAUAGGUUCAAUGCAGAUAAAUACAAUACAGUGGCCAACUAUAAAAAUAAAAUGGAACGAAAUUAUGGGAAGAAUGCAAAAAGUAUGUUUAUUGGCGGUAAUGAAAAUUUUGAAGACAGAAAACUCCGAAAUAUACACGACCUUAGAGAAAAAUUUAAUCAUGGAAAUCUUCAUUCAAGAAAUGAUGGGUACGAAUACUAUCCACUAGGUAGUGAAAGAAGAAGAUAUUAUCACCAAAAGUUAGUAAAUUUACAGAAAAGAAUUAAUAAUAUUAAAAGAAGUCAUCACACGAAACAUGUGUCCGAGGAUCGUGACAUUAGACAUGUUCGUCCAACGAAGCAAGAAAAACACCAACGUCGCAGACCGAACGAUCACGUCAAUACGUACUACAUGCCAGAUCGGGCGAGAUUUCUUCACGGCUUUUGAAUACCAGAAUAAUUUUCUUCACGAUUCCGUUCAAGAUGCAUUUAUAAAAUAAAUAUAAAUAUAUUACGACAAUACACACAUCG